AUGAGCGACGAGAACAAGACCACUUCCCAGGGCGGUGCCCCUAUCCUCAACGACGCCGAACACCAGCAGGUUCACGCCCAGAUGGCCAGCGGCAAGGGCAAGGCCAAGGCUGUCGAAGACUUGGACAUGGACGAUGACAGCUCUUCUGAGGAGGAAGAACAGGCCGCCCCUGAGGAACAGGAGGAGGGCGAAGAAGACAACAUGGAGGAGAUCGACGAGAGCAACAUCAUCUCUGGAGGCAGACGCACUCGCGGCAAGACUAUUGAUUUCGCCAAGGCUGCCGAAGGUCUCGACGACGAAGAAGAUGAGGAUGAGGACGACGACUUCGAGGAUCCUGAGGAGAUGCAGCAGUAG